ACGGGUCACAGGUGAAGAAUAGCUGCUGAAAAUGGUUAUUGGUGCGAACUCUUAGCGAUUGAGAAACACUGAGGUUAUGGUUAUGGGACAACGGCAAGAAUUAUCAAUUAUUAUAUUCAUGAAUUAUCAAGAACUGCUUGGUUGAGUGCUUGCUGUACCGGGUAUGCGGCUGGUACGGUGGUGUUAUAUAAAACAAACCGCAGAUCAUCACUGCCAAUCAGUGAACGAGCUGCCACAGCUCGAGUAAGGAUCGCUUGAUCCUACCCUCAUUUUGUUGAAGGAGCCCGCGCUCGCCUGUAGUCUGUAGUUCGGGAUGAAGUCCUAUAUCUUGUUGUGGAUAGUGCCACUGGUCGCUAGUGUGCUCGGUGGAUCUUUGUCCAAAGUGGAAACCUAUCGUUGGUGUGUCCCGCUGGAAUUGCUGGACGAUUGUGCUCGUUUAACCCGUGCCGCUGUUACCGAGCUCGAGUGCGUCGGUGGAAUCGAUCGUCUCGACUGUCUGCGAAAGGUGCAAAAUCGUGAAGCGGACUUCCUUCUGGCCGAUCCGGAGGAUGUUUACGUUGCAUCACACUUCAACAACCAAGACUUUGUCGUGUUCAGUGAACUGCGCACGGCCGAAGAACCGACGGCCAAGUUCCGGUACGAGGGUAUUAUGUUGGUGCGUGCAUCGGACAACUUCCAGAGCCUAGCAGACCUGCGCGGCAAACGUUCGUGUCAUACCGGGUUCGGGCGCAAUGUUGGCUAUAAAAUUCCGGUGACACGUCUCCAGCGUGCCGGUGUGCUGAAGCUACCCGCUGCGGACGGAUCACUGUCACCGGUCGAGCGAGAGUUGGCGGGUCUGUCGGAUCUGUUCAGUGCGUCCUGUCUGCCGGGCAGCUACUCUUCCGAUGCCGGCGUCGAUCGGUUACUGAAGGGUCGGUACGCUAACUUGUGCGAACGGUGCGAUCAGCCGCAACGGUGUGCGAAGGAUGAUCGAUUCGCUGGAUAUGAGGGAGCGAUCCGAUGCUUGGUAGAGAACGGUGGUGACGUGGCGUUCAGCAAAACUAUUUACGUCCGCAAGUACUUCGGACUUCCGGUGACACCUGGCGGUGCACCGGCGCCGGCACUGAAUCCCAACGCGCGGACCGAAGACUACGCGUACCUGUGCGAGGAUGGAACGACGCGUCCCAUCGCCGAUGGACAACCGGUCUGUUCGUGGGCACAGCGUCCCUGGCAGGUACUGCUCGGCAAUGGUGAUCUGAACGGGCAGCCGCGUAAGCUGCAAACGCUCUUCCAACAGCUUUAUCGCUACUGGACCGAUGCGAACAAUCAAAUAUCGGACGCAGAUCGUACCACAGCUCAGCGGCUUUGGAUUGAGAAGAAGGCACCGAUAGUGGAUCGUCAGGAUACGGUAGCACCUCGCGAAUAUCUCGCCCAGGCUAACUAUGCGGAGGUAAUCGAGCGUGAAAGACGGUUCGGUAACAAGCUGCGCCUGUGCGUUAUUUCCGAGGAUGAACGGCAGAAGUGUGAGCUGAUGCGCCAGGCCGCCUACUCCCGUGACAUUCGACCUGCGCUGGAGUGCGUGCUAAAGACGGUGGAUGCUUGUGUGGCCGCUGUCAACGAUGGGUCAGACGCGGAUGUGGUUGUGCUGAAGCAACCGAACGUUCAGCUGAAGCCUCUGAUGUGGGAAACUUAUGGUGACGUAAUGGUAGCGAUUGCUGAUAAGACUAUUACCAGGGAGCGUCUACAGACCGGGCCAGUUGCACUCGAUACAUCCAACGGUCAGGCUGUCGCGGCGGCCAGAGUACUCUCCGCAAAGUUGCCCUCACUGCAGACCGUAGACGUGAGUUCGCCCAACAGCGCAUCUGCCCCGGUUCGGAUCGUUCGCUCCAAAACACUCGCCGGCAUGGCGAACAAUGUGGAGAAGGUGCUGGUGUGUCCUGAUCUUAGUUUCCAGCCACUCUCGAAUGCGGCCAACUGUCAUCUGGAGUCUAGCGUGAACUCCGAGCGCAAUGCUGGAGCCGUCUACGUUCGUAAGGACGUUGAUGAAGCGCUGCAGGAUAGUAUCGUGCACGCGUUCACCGCCCUGUCGGACACAUUUGGACGUGGCCAGCCGAGGGAACAGGUCUUCCGGAUGUUCGGACCGUACCGGCUACGGGACGGUACGGUGAAGCAUCAUUUGAUCUUCAACGACUACGCCUCAGUACUGACUGUGAACAAAUAGUCGUGAGAGACUAAUUCGCAACGCAUAGUAGUGGGAGUGCAGAGCAAACACAUCCAUUACCCAGAGCUUCUAGCAUUUUGUGUCGGCUAUAGAUGGAGCACUAUAGAGCUUGUUCUUUUUAGCAACUUCAUGCGCAUAUUCUUGAAUUUCAGCAUAUUCCUCAACAAAAUGGUCAAGAAUAACGAUGUGAGGUACGCACACAAACACAUCACCGCUUCAAUGUUCCCCGCAACGCUUUUGUGCUAACGAAUCGCAAAUAAAACUGCUUGUUUAUUCGACAAACACGUGGAACGAA